AUGGAGUAUGCUUCACGGAUUCUCCUUUCGAUCUUGCUGAUUAUAGUUAAUAUACAUUGCAGUCUGUCUUUAAGCUGCUAUGAAUGCAAUCCUUGUCCAGUUCCAUUCAGCAAUUCUUCUUCAGUGAGAAGAGAACAUAAUUGUAAAUGGUGUGCAACGCUCUCGGUAGAACACUACCCAACUCCAAUUAGAGAAUGUGCACCUGAGUGCAGCUUUGCGUAUUGGGGUCCAACAUACAAAUCAUUGUCUUAUGAUUGUUGUCAAACUGACUAUUGUAAUAAGAGUGUACAGACACGUAUAGUUCAUCAUAUGUUGACUGUGAUAGUCAUAACACUCACUUGUUUCUUCAGAGUUAAGAUGCAGUGA